UGAGUGCAUGCAGGCAGCACCUGCAUGGGCAGCACUAUUGUGUUUACUGUGCAUGAUUUUGAUUUAGCUAGUAGCCUUACUAUAGCUAUAAUAAUAGCUGUUUUUGACAAACUCCCUUAUUCUAGAAGAAAGAUGUCUACAACUGGUGCAAGCAUUCGUACUGAGUUAAAGUCAGAGAUUGACCCAAAUCGUCACGAAAAUUUAACUGUUUACAUAGACGAAAAACUUGUUUUUGGAGAAGUCUUCAAAGGCAGUUACAGGGGGGAAAUUUGUGCAGUCAAAGUGCUGCAUCAGGUUGCUAUGAAGAUGCAGGAAACUAUCCCUGCUCAUAAAGUGAAGAAGCUAGCAAAGCAUUUGAUAUUGAGUGUACAUUUCUCAAGUCGCUCCUGCACCCAAAUGUUGUUCAGUAUUUGUCAACCACUAACAACCCUCAAUCAUGUGGUGCAUUCCUCGUUGUUGAGCUAAUGGACUGCAGUCUGGGAUCUUAUCUCUCCGGCCUUGAUGAAGAGUCCCUCACUAUAGAUAGUGAAAGCCAAAUUAGCCUUUCCAAAGACAUAGCUUGUGGUCUGGCCUACAUUCACAGCAAGCAGAUUUUCCACCGUGACCUCCAUGACAAUAACGUCUUGCUGAAGCUUAUACGACCAGUGCCUGUUGCAAAGAUUUCCGGCUUUGGCAUGCAUAUCACGACUCCUCGAAUCCUAUAAUCUUAGCUCCGUUGCCAGGGGGUAUCCAUCUCUCGGAUUGGAAUUCAAUAGUGGUUUGGAUGUGUUUUCCCUCGAGGUGAUUAUGGUGCAGAUUGUUCGCAAGCUGGAGACGAUUAAAUCAGCCAAGGAUAGAUCUUUCCAUGUUUCCCAGAUCCCUUGCACACACAGGUUGAGAAAGCUUAUCGACAGUUGUUUGUAAAAAGACAUGUGGAGGAGACCAUCUGCCAUAGACAUCUAUACCAAUCUCAUUUCUUCUCCUGUGACCUCUGGCCCUCUCCCGGAUCAACAGACACCCAGUGCUGGGGAACAACCAGAUACAACCAGAUACAACUGUCUAGUGCAAGAAUGACUGUGUUUUCAGGCACUCCAUUUUCUGAGAAAGACUGUGAUGCUCUAGAAAAGCUGCUGCUAGACUACAAAAUCAAAGGAUUUGCUUUGACUGGUGAAAAGACGUACGAAAAAGUUGUACACUGCCUUCUUGAGCAAGGACACGAAGAACUAGCUGCAAACCUAAGACAAAACCUCGAUAAAGUGAUUGGAGAGCAGAAGCAAUAUCUGAAGAAAUUGGACGAUCUGAUGACUGAUGAAGAAGCUGUCACUAUGCAAAAUCUCGGGCUCCUUCUUGUUGGGCCACCAUCGGUGGGAAAAACAACAACACUCAACCGUUUGCUUAAAGUUUACAAAAACAUCAGUUCAGCAGGAGACAAGGCAAAGCCAUGCAGUACACUACUCGCCAAUUGUCAUCAAGUGGUCGCGUACAUGAAUAAGGAUGCCACGGAAUGGGUUUGUUCUGAAGACGUGGAUGAGGAAGCAAAGGUCGUUUUUGGCUACAUGUACGCUAACAAGAUUGACAAUGUACCAAACAAGGAAAAUAUAUCUGUGAUUGACAAACCAACUUCUGAAACUUCAAAAGAAAUGGAAAUUUCUUCUGAAAAACCUCAACCAAAACUUCAAGAAAAAACAGGCACUAAAAUACAAGAAAUAUCAAACAAACAAGACAAGCUGAUACGAAUCAAGCAUCGACUGCAAAAGCUGAUAAAAAGCGGAAACUACUCCCAAAUGGCUAGUCUUCUUAGCAGCACCUUGCUAAACAUCAAUGAUGUUGGAGGUCAGCCAGACUUCCUGGAAAUGCUACCAGCCCUGAGAAAUGGUCCAGCCAUGUAUCUAGUGUUUUUUGAUUUGAGCAAAGAACUUGACGAGCCCUACGAUAUUCCCUUCAGUCGAGACGACACCAUUAUCACCCCAUACAAAGCGGCGCACACAGUGGAAGCCACAGUUUCUCAAAUUCUUUCUUCAAUUGCUAGUGUUCAUCACGUCUCUCGAGGGGAUGCCUUGUACAAAACCUUAAAAUUGAGUGAGAAGUUUAAAAAUUUCCAGCAGGUUCGUCCUGGCAGCUUUGAUCGGUACUCACAUGGACAAAUUGGAGAAUCCGAAAGAGAAAAUCAAACAGGUCAACGAUGCUCUCAAAAGGACUACUCAAAAGUUUGCCGAGAUCUUGGUAUGUCCUCCGUCAGAUUCCGAAUCUUCAUUUUUUGCCGUGGACAACUUUGCUGGAACAGAACAGUCUGACAUUGGCCCGAUUAGGGAAUUCAUGAGCAAGGUGUUUGCUUCUCACUUCAGCAAUGCGUCCCUGCCAAUCAAGCCGAAAUGGCUCCUACUAGGCGCGCUUCUGCGGAGGGAGUACUCAAUUGUAUCAAUGGAACACUGCCUGGAAAUUGGGAGAAUGUUGGAGAUGGAUGAAGAAGACACCAGGUUUUGUCUGGGGUAUCUUCACAAUAUAGGCACUUUCAUGUACUACAGGAAUGUUCCCAAUGAUGACGAUGGCUGGCUCAAAAAUCAUGUGUUCUGCACCCCUGAAGUAAUCUUUACUAGCAUCAGCCAACUGAUCCUUGUCGCUUUACGCACCUUGCAUUCAAAAGGCUAUGUUACUGAGUUUGAGCGAGCAGAGUUGAUCAAGAUGGGGCAGUUCUCACUGGAGGCCAUCAUCAAGUACUGCAUUGGUCCCAAGGUCACAGAGAUGCUGAAAGAAGGAGAGAUUAUCCCAGCCAAGCAACUCAUCAUACUCUUGCGGUACCUCAACCUCCUCUCUGAGAUUGUCCACAACGAUGUCAAUGAUCCAAAUGUCACUCGAAUCACCUACCUGAUGCCAGCUGUCCUUGACUGUGCUUCACAAGACAAACUGACCAACCCACCAAAACCAGACGCCAACAACCCAGGACCGCUCCACAUCACUUUCAGUUUUGGCUACGUACCAACAGGAGUCUUCUGUGUGCUGAUCACUCAGCUAGUUUCUCAAGGCCCUCGUGGAAUUCUCGGAUUGACGUGGGAGUUGAUUGAAGAUGGUGUUAAACGAAACUGUGUCUCAUUUUCUGUUGAUGAUGUUCAUGAAGUUACACUGCUCUCACACGAAAAAAGCUACGAAAUUCGAGUUUCUCGAGACGACCAUGACACUUCUCUUCACAACAUCUGUUCGUACGUGCUCUCAGCGAUCCUUUACACUCUCAAGUGCUUGUACCAGCAUCUUACUAUGCAAAUUGCAUUCCAAUGUCCCUGUGCCAAGGAUUGUACUGAACAUGACGUCAACCAUCUCUGUGCUCUUUCCAGCAAAUCACGAAUAAGGUUUCUCUGUGAUCUUUCAAAGCGAGCUGUCACUCUCAGAAAAGAUCAGCAAGUUUGGCUGGGAAAACACGUGUUACCAGGAAGCAGCACAGAACUAGAGGUGCUAAAGCUCGCUGAAGAUAGUUUCUCCUUCCACUGGACCAAAGAGGGCUCCAGACAUCAGAUCACGACAACCGAUGAGCCCAACAUUCUCAGCUUUCAGAGUGUGAGUGAGAAGGACUUUGGUCAUUACCAGUGUGAGGUGAAGGAGACACGAACAGCAGUGGCCCUCACUGUCUACAGAGCUAUCUACAAAGAAGAGAUGACUAAUGAAGCAACUGGAAUAACUACUGAUGUCCCCCAAAUAACUACUGAGUCAGCGACUACAGCUCAGUUGAGUCAAGAGUGCUCGGAUGAAGCUCUUCUCCAGCUGUCUACUGAGAUUGCCUGCUAUGGAAAUUACAAGCACAGGCUCGGCCUCAGUGAUACUGAGAUUGAGGAUAUCGAUCAAAAUCCCCAGACGUUUUUAAGUGUUUCAGGGAAAUUUUAUGCUGCUCUCAAGAAAUGGAAAUGUAAAGGCAUUGAUUUUGAUAAUCCAUCUCAUUCGACAGCCACUUAUUUUCGAUUGGUAGAAAUUGCCAAGGAGAUGAAGGAUGGGAAAGCAAUUCGUAGCAUACACACGGCUUGUGUGACACACAAUUUGUUAUACAAGUGAAGGAUCUGGACCACUACAUGCAUGUGCAUGAAAGGAGGGGAAUCGUAGUUUCGUGCUACUAAUAUAAGACUUGUAAUUACGUACACGCAUAUGUUUUCUUUGAAUUUUGUAUUCUUUUAUGGACAUUCAAAAUUCUCGAAGAAAAAACAGGAUAUAAAGUGUAAAUAAUUUUAGAUUAAUUUUUCAAUACUGAAGGAUAUACAUAAUUAUUUGUACACUUUCGAUUUGAGUGAACGAAUCUGUACCAAUUUGUACAGUCCACAUUAUAAUUUUGUAUAACUGGAUUUUGGUGCAAUU